GAGGCUGGGACUGGGAAAGCCAUCGAGGGAGGAGCUGCCGCCGCAGGCGCCUAGACUCUUCUCUGUGUGCUAGCGCGGAGGCUGCGUGCUGGUUGAUCGCUGCCGCCCUGCGCCCUGCGGAGCUCCAGAGCUCGAACCCCAGCCCUGGAAACCCAGUGUUAGAGAUUGAACACCCUGCAUAAGUUAGGCUCUACCGCCCUGAAUUUCGACGUGAAAUACCCUAAAUAGAAUGUAAAGACAUCAAAAUGGAGCCAAGUAUGGAUGCAAAUUCAGUUACUAUUGCUGUUGAGGGAAUGACAUGUAUUUCCUGUGUCCGGACCAUCGAGCAGCAGAUUGGGAAAGUGAAUGGUGUCCAUCACAUUAAAGUUUCACUAGAAGAAAAAAGUGCAACCAUUAUUUAUGACCCUAAAGUUCAAACUCCAAAGACCCUCCAAGAAGCUAUCGAUGACAUGGGCUUUGAUGCUCUUCUCCACAAUGCUAACCCUCUCCCCGUCUUAACCAAUACUGUGUUUCUGACUGUUACUGCUCCACUGGCUCUGCCUUGGGACCAUAUCCAAAGUACAUUGCUCAAGACCAAGGGUGUAACUGGUGUUAAGAUUUCCCCACAGCAAAGAAGUGCAGUAGUCACCAUAAUCCCAUCUGUGGUGAGUGCCAGUCAGAUUGUGGAGCUGGUCCCAGACCUCAGUUUAGACAUGGGAACUCAGGAGAAAAAGUCAGGAACUUGUGAAGAACACAGCACGCCUCAGGCAGGGGAAGUCAUGCUGAAGAUGAAAGUGGAAGGGAUGACCUGCCAUUCAUGUACUAGCACCAUUGAAGGAAAAGUUGGAAAGCUGCAAGGUGUUCAGCGUAUUAGAGUGUCCCUAGAUAACCAAGAAGCUACUAUUGUUUAUCAACCUCAUCUGAUUACAGCAGAGGAAAUAAAGAAGCAGAUUGAAGCUGUGGGUUUCCCAGCCUUCAUAAAAAAACAGCCAAAAUACCUCAAAUUGGGAGCCAUUGAUGUUGAGCGCCUGAAGAACACACCAGUCAAAUCUUCAGAAGGAUCUCAGCAAAAGAGCCCAUCAUAUCCCAGUGAUUCAACAGCCACAUUCAUCAUAGAGGGCAUGCAUUGCAAAUCAUGUGUGUCAAAUAUUGAAAGUGCUUUAUCUACACUCCAGUAUGUAAGCAGUAUAGUAGUUUCUUUAGAGAAUAGGUCAGCCACUGUAAAGUACAAUGCAAGCUUAGUCACUCCAGAAAUUCUGAGAAAAGCAAUAGAAGCCGUUUCACCAGGGCAAUACAGAGUUAGUAUUUCAAGUGAAGUUGAAAGUACCACCAGCUCUCCCUCCAGCUCAUCUCUUCAAAAGAUGCCUUUGAACAUAGUCAGCCAGCCUCUGACCCAAGAAGCUGUGAUAAACAUUAAUGGCAUGACUUGUAAUUCAUGUGUGCAGUCUAUAGAGGGUGUAAUAUCGAAAAAGCCAGGUGUAAAAUCCAUCCACGUUUCCCUCGCAAAUAGCAACGGGACUAUUGAAUAUGAUCCUCUACUGACCUCUCCAGAGACCUUGCGAGAAGCAAUUGAAGACAUGGGAUUUGAUGCUGUCUUGCCAGCAGACAUGAAAGAGCCACUGGUAGUGAUAGCUCAGCCCUCACUGGAAACAGCUCUUUUGCCCUCAAGUAAUGAGCCAGAAAAUGUGAUGACAGCAGUUCAGAACAAGUGUUACAUACAGGUUUCCGGGAUGACCUGUGCUUCUUGUGUAGCAAACAUUGAACGGAAUUUAAGACGAGAAGAAGGAAUAUAUUCUGUACUUGUGGCCCUAAUGGCUGGCAAAGCAGAAGUAAGAUAUAAUCCAGCAGUUAUCCAACCCCGAGUGAUUGCAGAGUUUAUUCGAGAGCUUGGAUUUGGAGCUAUGGUGAUGGAAAAUGCUGGGGAAGGCAAUGGCGUCCUGGAACUUGUUGUGAGAGGAAUGACGUGUACCUCCUGCGUUCAUAAAAUUGAAUCAACGCUCACAAAACACAAAGGGAUCUUCUACUGCUCUGUGGCCCUGGCAACUAACAAAGCACAUAUUAAAUAUGAUCCAGAAAUUAUUGGUCCCAGAGAUAUUAUCCAUACCAUUGGAAGCUUAGGUUUUGAAGCUUCUUUGGUCAAGAAAGAUCGAUCAGCUAACCACUUAGAUCAUAAACGAGAAAUAAAGCAAUGGAGAGGGUCCUUCCUUGUGAGCCUGGUUUUCUGCAUCCCUGUAAUGGGACUGAUGAUCUAUAUGAUGGUUAUGGAUCACCACCUUGCAACUCUUUACCAUCAUCAGAACAUGAGUAAUGAAGACAUGAUCAACAUGCAUUCAUCCAUGUUUCUGGAGCGUCAGAUCCUGCCGGGACUGUCCAUUAUGAAUUUGUUGUCCCUUUUAUUGUGUCUACCUGUACAGUUUUGUGGAGGCUGGUACUUCUACAUUCAGGCUUACAAAGCACUGAAGCAUAAGACAGCAAAUAUGGAUGUGUUGAUUGUGUUGGCAACCACAAUCGCAUUUGCCUACUCGCUGGUUAUUCUUCUGGUCGCAAUGUUUGAGAGAGCCAAAGUGAACCCUAUUACCUUCUUUGAUACACCGCCUAUGCUAUUCGUGUUUAUUGCACUAGGCCGAUGGCUGGAACAUAUAGCAAAGGGCAAAACCUCUGAGGCUCUUGCAAAGCUAAUUUCAUUACAAGCAACUGAAGCAACUAUUGUAACUCUUAACUCUGAAAAUCUCCUCCUGAGUGAAGAACAAGUGGAUGUGGAACUUGUACAACGUGGAGAUAUCAUUAAGGUCGUUCCAGGAGGCAAAUUUCCAGUGGAUGGCCGUGUUAUUGAAGGACAUUCUAUGGUAGAUGAGUCCCUCAUCACAGGGGAGGCGAUGCCUGUGGCUAAGAAGCCUGGCAGCACGGUGAUUGCAGGUUCCAUUAACCAGAACGGAUCUCUCCUGAUCCGAGCAACACAUGUGGGAGCAGAUACAACCCUUUCUCAAAUCGUCAAACUUGUAGAGGAGGCACAAACAUCAAAGGCUCCUAUCCAGCAGUUUGCAGACAGACUCAGUGGCUACUUUGUUCCUUUUAUCGUCUUGGUUUCCAUUGUUACCCUCCUGGUGUGGAUUAUAAUUGGAUUUCAAAAUUUUGAAAUUGUGGAAACCUACUUUCCCGGCUACAACAGAAGCAUCUCCCAGACAGAAACCAUUAUACGCUUUGCUUUCCAAGCCUCUAUUACGGUUCUUUGUAUUGCAUGUCCCUGUUCACUGGGACUAGCCACUCCAACUGCUGUGAUGGUGGGCACAGGAGUAGGUGCUCAGAAUGGCAUACUUAUCAAAGGUGGGGAGCCACUGGAGAUGGCUCAUAAGGUAAAGGUAGUGGUAUUUGAUAAAACUGGAACCAUUACCCAUGGGACCCCAGUGGUGAAUCAAGUAAAGGUUCUCGUGGAGAGUAACAAGAUACCACGCAGUAAGCUUCUGGCCAUUGUGGGGACUGCAGAAAGUAACAGCGAACAUCCUUUAGGAGCAGCUGUAACCAAAUAUUGCAAGCAGGAGCUGGACACUGAAACCCUGGGUACCUGCACAGAUUUCCAGGUUGUACCAGGCUGUGGUAUUAGCUGUAAAGUCACCAAUAUUGAAGGUUUGCUACAGAAGAGUAACUUGAAGAUAGAAGAAAAUAAUAUUAAAAAUGCAUCCCUGGUUCAAAUUGAUGCAAUUAAUGAACAAUCAUCAACUUCAUCUUCUAUGAUUAUUGAUGCUCAUCUCUCAAAUGCUGUUAAUGCUCAGCAAUACAAAGUCCUCAUUGGUAACCGGGAAUGGAUGAUUAGAAACGGUCUUGUCAUAAGUAAUGAUGUAGACGAAUCAAUGAUUGAACAUGAAAGAAGAGGUCGGACUGCUGUAUUGGUGACAAUCGAUGAUGAGCUGUGUGGCCUGAUCGCUAUUGCUGAUACUGUGAAACCUGAGGCAGAGCUGGCUGUACACAUUCUGAAAUCUAUGGGUUUAGAAGUAGUUCUGAUGACUGGAGACAACAGUAAAACAGCUAGGUCUAUUGCUUCUCAGGUUGGCAUCACUAAGGUGUUUGCUGAAGUUCUACCUUCCCACAAAGUUGCUAAGGUGAAGCAGCUUCAAGAGGAGGGAAAACGUGUAGCAAUGGUAGGAGAUGGAAUCAAUGACUCUCCAGCCCUGGCAAUGGCAAACGUUGGAAUUGCCAUUGGCACAGGCACAGAUGUAGCCAUUGAAGCAGCUGAUGUGGUUUUGAUAAGGAAUGACCUUCUGGAUGUUGUGGCAAGUAUUGACUUGUCAAGGAAAACAGUCAAGAGGAUUCGAAUCAAUUUUGUCUUUGCUCUAAUUUAUAAUCUGGUUGGAAUUCCCAUCGCUGCUGGAGUUUUUCUGCCCAUUGGUUUGGUUUUACAACCCUGGAUGGGAUCCGCAGCGAUGGCCGCUUCCUCUGUCUCUGUAGUACUGUCUUCCCUUUUCCUCAAGCUUUACAGGAAACCAUUGUAUGACAACUAUGAGUUGCAUCCCCGGAGCCACAUAGGACAGAGGAGUCCUUCAGAAAUCAGCGUUCAUGUUGGAAUAGAUGAUGCCUCCAGGAAUUCUCCGAGACUGGGUUUGCUGGACCGGAUUGUCAAUUACAGCAGAGCCUCCAUAAAUUCACUGCUGUCUGACAAACGCUCCCUGAACAGCGUUGUUGCUAGCGAGCCUGACAAGCACUCGCUUUUAGUGGGAGACUUCCGGGAAGAUGAUGACACCACACUGUAAAAGGCCUUGGGGGAUGCUGCUAGUUGAAGUUCUUGUGCACUGACACAGCACUUACGUUGAUGUAGAAGGAUCUUAUGUCAAUCUCAUGCUCUUAAGUGCAGGAUUCUAUCUGAGUUGUAUUUGGUAAUGGGGAAAAUAUCUUUCUCAGGGCAGGAGCUCUGAACCUGGCAUUAUCUAAAACAAAUUCCCAGCAGUUUUUGUUUCAUUAGGGAUACAGAGGGUAGAACAGCAAGUUUAGAACAAGCUCUAGAGUUAGAAGUUGCUAACUUGUUGCUAAUUUGGUAGAUCAUUUUUAUUUGACCAAAAAAAAGUGCCCAAAGACAGGACGAUUAAGGAUGUGAAGAUUUGAGAGCAUGAUUUUGAGGGUAAUUUUGAGCCUGUAUCCUUGCCCCACCGGGGAGCAAUGGCUUUCAAAGCACUGUACAAAGCACCUAGUUUAGAAAGAAAACAGUUGCGACUGUCUCAAAUAGAUGUGCCUUAUUUAUUGUAGGCUUCCUUUCACUUCAUAAUUUCAUGUGUCCCUGUCCUUCAGUUCCUAAGAGCCUACAGGAUGGCUUUUGUCACCUUCUUUCAAGUGAGCCAAGUUUAGGUGGUCUUUCCUUGAUAAAAAUAACUGACAACAGUCAUUGGAAUGAGGCAGGAGGAUUACAAGUUCAAAGCCAGCCUUGACCAUAUACACUAAGACCCUGUCUUAAAACAUUUUUUGUAACUGACAACUCUUCUGAAAUCUUACUUUUCUAAUCAUAUUGUGCAUCUCUACAGAGUUCUGUACCCUUUUUUCCUCCACUGUUGUUAGAAAUCUCAAAAUCUUUCUUUAGUUUCCUUAGCCCUGUGCUAGCUUUCAGUUCUCUCCUGCCCAGUUCAGCUCUGUUCAUAGUAGACGGAGUCUCUCCAUCAGUCCCAGUCUAGAAAUUUAACAUUUGAACCUCUUUCCCUGAAAAAUUCCUCAAAGAUUAACACUAAUAUAUUAACAUAUAUGGGUCAUAUAAAAGUACUUGGACUCAUUAAAUUCAUCAUUUGGGAUAUAAUCACAUGGCUGGCAUAUUGUACUUUAAUAAAAUUUUAGUUACUUCUUAUGUUUUAGCUAACUUAUCAAAAUGACUUUAAAAUGUUCUUAUCACACAGAGCUGCUUUUAUCAAAAUACACACCAAACUGUAAUAGAGAAAUCACAAUAUUCCUGGUUUAUGAUAUCUUGUAGUCAAGUAUGUUGUUCAUUCAUUUAAAGUAUUUGUGCUUAUAAACUCUUAAAUCUUUUAUUUUCAUGCCAUACUUUAAGAUACUAGCAUAAUGCCUAUCAUAUAAUUUGUGCUUUGAACAUGUUCAUUUCUCCUUUUCAAGUCAAUAUUGAAUAUAAAAUCAUUUUUGUAUUACUGGAAUAUAAAGUGAAAUGGAGAAUGGGUUUUGUCCACUCCACCACCUUUCUCUCUUAUUCCUCCACACCCAACACCCAAAAAUGUUUACAUUUUUCAAUGCUGUCUUUCCAGGUUUGGAAAAGACCUAACUUCUAUUUUAGCUAUCUUAGAGAGGUGAAACUUUUGAUGAAGGUGCUAUUAAUCUAGAAAGGCAAACCUGUUUUAAUGAAGUAUGAAUAAGUUUGUAUGCUUAAACUGUAUUUUAAACCAAUACUUAUGCUGUCUUAAGAAUUUGAGUUUGUAUAUUUGUUUCUUCAUUCUAGCAGAUCAUCAUAAUAUAACCCAUUGGCUUCUAGAGCUAGAGACGUAUAGUAGUUUUUCCUUGCUCUGAAUUCAAAUUGAAAACAUUAGUCCCCUAGCUGUCAGCCAGUUUCUCUCUCCUUCUCUUCUGUCUGUGACUCCUCCUCUUGCCUCCACAUCAUGUUAUAAGACAGUGAGAAUAGCAUUUCAGGUCUCACUGCCAGAAAAGAACCUGCUUGAAAGAAGCUGUAUUCCUAGGAGAGGUGCAUCAUUUAAAGAGGGGAUCAAGCACAUUGCUUUCAGUUGGCCACUAGUUUAAUAAUGAGCCGCUGCUCAGAACAGGUUUUGUUAAUGCAUGUGUGUUUGUACAUACAUACAUACAUACAUACAUACAUACAUACAUACAGAGAGAGAUAGCCAGAGAGACAGAGAAAGAGAGGUAGAGAGAGAGAGCAUACAUCUGUUUUGAGGUUCUUUAUGGUUUCCUUGACAUUCUUCUGUGUUCACUCAGCAACCAUUGUCUCUGUCAGAAGGCACCAUGGGCACUUUGUUGUCCGGUGCUAAUGCAGAUUCAGCUAGGGGCCACCUUUUAACUUAAUUAUCCAAAGAUGCCUUUUGAAUUUAAAGAUUAAAACACAGCUAGAAUAUUUACUCUUGUAGUUUUAAAAAGAUAGUUGUUACGUGUGAAAUAGAAAUGUUGCUUUUCCUACUUUAGUAUCAACAUUUUAGGAAGUUAAAUUUGAUGCCUUAUGAACAAAUAAUUUUCUAUUAUGCUUUAAUUUUUUUAAAAAAUGUGUUCAUUCAGAUAGAUAUAGAGAGUGAUUGAAAUAGCACUAUAGAUGUUUCCAAAAAUGUGAGUGUGCAUAUAUUUUCUGUACACAGCUUAAAAUCAAAAGCGUAUAGUAGAGGAUUUUUCCAUUAUGUGUAGAUUCUGUUUUAAAAUUAUUUUUCAUAAUAUUUAUUUUACUCUACUUUGUUAUUUUCUUUGUAUGAGGCAUCUGGUUAAAGUUUCUUCUUCUUUUCCUCUUCCUCCUCCUUUUCCUCCUCCUCCUCUUCUUCCUCUUCCUCCUCUUUUUUCAGACAUUCCUGAUAAUCACUCCUUUGGGUUAUUUUGUUUUCUGUAUUAAAAAACCUACUUCUUUACCAAAUAUAAAUAUAUAGAUUCAUGCCAAAUCUUUACCAACUUUUAUACUAACUUUCUUAAGUACUUUAGUCUGAUAUGAGUAACUAGAUAUAACACAAAGCAUGACUUCUUAUUUCUCAAUUACACUAGCUUCUUUAAUGAUGUUGAAAAUAUUUACUUUUGUAGCCAGAACCAGGUGUCUCAACCUUGUGUUUUUAAAGAAAUGUAUUAUGAAACUUUGGUUGGAAUCCAAAACAGGAGCGGGCAACUUUGUGCAAUAUUUCGUUUCUGUAGUUUAGUUUGUUUUUUCCUCAUAUGCAUGUAAUUGAUAUUUCUGCCGAAAAUGUGCCUUUAACUUUAUAAUUAUAGUGUUGUUUAAAAAAAUGUUGUCAAGUGUCACUGUGUUAAGUCAUCCAGCCCCAUUUACCAACAGUUCCACACUCCCCUCACUGUGGUAUUGGGGUUGUCUGACUGUUGUUUCAGCUGUAAAUCCAUUCUGUGUCAGGAUCAGAGGCAGCAACACACAUUCAGGUAGGGGACAAAAAUCUGUUGUCUUUCAGAUCCCCCUGCCCUGCUGCUGUCACUCAGAACAAGAGACAAAGGAACGUGUAUGGCCUCUUCUCCUUUGUAGUGUCUAAUAAAUUCUUGCUGCAGUAUCUACCCUA